GGGGUGUAAAAAUAUCAUUGCUAACAUUCUCUCUCAUUCUCCAUCUCCUAGGGCACUUGUAGUUAAGCAGUCACACUUGCUCUCUUUUGUUGUGGUUCAUCGAUCAUGGAGAACAGAGAAGAUGAUGCCACUUCCACUGAAACGGAUUUUCGGUACGAUGUUUAUCUCAGUUUCAAAGGAGAGACCCGCCAAGGUUUCACCGGUAAUCUCUACAAUGCUUUGCGGCAAAAGAGAUUCAGGACCUUCAUGUAUGAUGAAGGAACACAGAAUGGCGAGCAAAUUUCACCCUCUCAUUCCAAAGCAAUUGAACAAUCGAGGAUCAUAAUCGUUGUUUUCUCUGAAAAAUAUGCAUAUUCCAGGUCAUGUCUUGAAGAACUUGUGAAGAUUGUUGAGUGCAUGAAGACCAACAACAAACUCGUUUGGCCCAUCUUUUACAAAGUAGCACCAGAUGAUGUAAGGAAACAAAAACAAUAUUAUGAAAAAGCCAUGAAUAUACAUGAAAAAAAGUUUGGAAAGGGUUCUGAGAAGGUCCAAAAAUGGAGGUCAGCUUUGACUGAAGCUGCCAACGUGAGUGAAAUAAAGCCUUUCGGUGCUGCUGGGUAUGAAUAUCAGUAUAUCGAAAGGAUUGUGGAAAUCGUAGCCGAAUCGUUGCCUCGCUACAAUAUCUUUCUGAGCUUUAGAGGAAAAGAUACUCGUUACUCUUUUACAGGUUUUCUCUAUGAUGCUUUGCGUCGAGAGGGAUUUAAGACCUUCAUGGAUGAGGUGGAAUUAGAAGGUGGAGACCAAAUUCCAUCAUCUCUUAUUAGAGAAAUUGAAAGAUCAAGGCUAUCAAUUGUUGUUCUAUCCAAACACUUUGCAUAUUCUUCAUGGUGUCUCGAUGAACUCUUCAAAAUUCUUGAGUGUAUGAAAAUAAAGAAUCAUUUAGUUUGGCCAAUCUUUUACAAGGUAGACCCAUCAGACGUAAGGUAUCAGAAAAAUAGUUAUGAUGAAGCCAUGACUACACUUGAAGAAAAACAUGGAAAGAACUCUGAUAAGGUAUUGAAAUGGAGGUCAGCUUUAUUUGAAGUAGCCAAUUUGAAAGGAUGGCAUCUCGAAACUGGCCAGUACGAAUAUGAAUGCAUCGAAAAGAUUGUGAAAAAGGCUAUUGAUAAUGACAAUCAGUUGUGUAUAUCAAGUCCUUGCUCAAGUACGGAGUAGAAGAAAGACUUCAAUUCAUCUUGUAAUGUUGAAAACACAAUAUAAUGACACUGCACUAAUUAAUCUUAUCUGUUUAAAAUACAAAUUAAUGGCUAUAAUUUUACUCUAAAGAUGUUGAAAAAAAAUGGGAUUUGAAGGUUUAUUUUGAAUUUUAUAAGUAAAUAGUAGGAAGUUGUUUUGCAUGUAUGUUAAGUGGAUUUGGAUUUCCUUCUAAUUUCUUGGAUACUAGACUCUAGUAAUAUAUUUUUUAUCAUUGGAU